AAGGAGAAGCAUCAGAAACAGUUAGUUAGAGUUCCUUCCCCUCGGUAGGAAGCCUUUUCCACUUCUUAAUUCACCAUUUUCAUAAUUCCUUUUGGAAUGAUUGUACACCGUUGAUAGUAAUAACCCAUCACUUGUUCUUUUUUGUUUUGUUUUUUGAAUAUCAGAGAACUUUGGGAGCAUAAAGAAGUGAAGAAAAAGUAGUAAAAGGAGGAAAAAUGGUUCGGGUUUCGUUGCUUGUGUUACUUCCUCUCUUCUACCUGUCAUUAGCAGUGGUGCGAGCUGAAGAUCCUUACCUAUAUUUUACAUGGGAUGUCACAUGGGGUACCCUUGCUCCACUCGGCAAACCCCAACCAGUCAUUCUCAUCAAUGGCCAGUUCCCUGGCCCCAACAUCAACUCCACCACCAACAACAACAUUGUCAUUAACGUCUUCAACAACCUCGAUGAACCCUUCCUCCUUUCAUGGCAUGGAGUUCAACAGAGGAAGAAUUCAUGGCAAGAUGGGAUGCCAGGAACAAAUUGCCCAAUCCCACCUGGCAAGAAUUUCACUUACCAUUUCCAAGUAAAGGACCAGAUCGGUACCUACUUCUAUUUCCCAUCAACAUCUAUUCAUAGGGUUGCAGGAGGUUUUGGUGGGCUUCGAGUCAACAGCCGCCUACUAAUCCCUGUACCCUUCGAUGAACCUGAAGAUGACUACACCAUCCUCGUCACUGACUGGUAUUCCAAGAGCUACGAAUCCCUCAAGAAAUUCCUUGAUAGCGGUCGAUCCCUUGGGCGACCUGAUGGUAUCCUCAUCAAUGGUCUAAAUGGUAAGGGAGAGAACAGCAACAAACCCAUGUUUACAAUGAAGGCCGGCAAGACAUACAGGUAUCGGAUCUGUAAUGUAGGGUUGAAGAACUCCAUCAAUUUCAGAAUCCAAGGUCAUUCCAUGAAGCUUGUAGAGAUGGGUGGGUCCCAUACAGUUCAGAACGUUUAUGAUUCCUUAGACAUUCAUCUUGGACAAUGCUAUUCCGUGCUUGUGACUGCUAACCAGUCUCCUAAGGGAUAUUACAUUGUAGCCUCAACCCGAUUCACCAAGACCGUUCUCACCGCUACUGCCAUUGUUCAAUACGAAAAAUCAAAGACCCCACCAUCUCCCACCAUUCCUGAAGCCCCAAGUGGCUGGGCUUGGUCUCUCAAUCAGUUCAGAUCCUUCCGAUGGAAUCUCACCGCCAGUGCAGCCCGCCCUAACCCCCAGGGAUCCUACCACUAUGGAGGUAUCAACAUCACCCGCACCAUCAAGAUUGUAAACUCUGCUGCUAGGGUUGAUGGGAAGCUUCGAUAUGCCAUUAAUGGUGUAUCUUUCACUCAUCCUGCCACACCCCUCAAGCUCGCUGAGUACUACAACAUCGUAGACAAGGUCUUCAAGUACAAUACCAUUGCAGAUAUUCCUGCAGCCGAGUCGGACACUGUCACCAUCCAGCCCAUCGUCGUCAAUGCCACUUUCCGUGACUUUGUGGAGAUCGUCUUCGAGAACCACGAGAAGAGCGUCCAGUCCUGGCAUUUGGAUGGCUACUCAUUCUUCGCAGUUGGCAUGGAACCUGGUAGGUGGACACAGGACAGUCGAAAGCACUACAACCUGCUGGAUGCGGUGAGCCGUAAUACAAUACAAGUGUUCCCCAAGUCGUGGUCGGCGGUGCUGCUGACGCUGGAUAAUGCAGGGAUGUGGAACCUACGGUCACAGAUCUUGGAGAGGCAGUACCUGGGACAGCAGCUCUACUUCAGCCUUCUCUCCCCGGCUAGAUCGCUAAGGGACGAAUACAGCCUUCCUGAGCUCAGUCUAAAAUGCGGCUUAGUCGAGAAGUUGCCGUUGCCAGCUCCUUACACUAUCUAGAGAGAGAGAGAGAGAGAGGGAUGAAGAAAGAAGAAGAAAAUGAAGAAAGAAGAAGAGGAUGGACAGAGCGAUGGACUGAGAAAUAGAGGCGGCUGUGUCAGAUGGAAGGUGUUCUUUUAAUCUUUUCUACGUAGAGAGAAUAACGGCAAUUUAAGUAUAAAAACAAAAGAAGAAAAAGAGGGAGUAAAAUAAGGGGCUCUUGUAGGGUGGGAUUGACACGUGGCAGAGAGCCAAAAGGUCAUGAUCAUCACCAACCCAAAUCAAGAUGCUUUUAUGUCUUUUAAAAAUACUCCUCUCUUUGCUGUGAUGAAUACUUGUAAGGCGAGGCUAUCUUUUUAUAAUAUAUAAAUCCCAAGAUUUCGUGUGUGCUUUU